UCAUUACUUUCAAUCCCAACUGGCCGACAUGAAGAUCACCGCUGGAGCUAUUCUGUUGUUUGCCGCUGUGGCUUUCGCCCAAUCCGCGGAUCCGAACACCAACGAAAACAAGAAUGUGAUCCACAUCAAUAGUCCCAGCGCCUCAAAGUAAAUGAUCUUUUGAUAUUUGCAGGCACAGAAUUCAAUAAAACAUUUACUUAAUUGUUUGCAUGUAA